AUGAUCCUCUGCAUGCUGCUGCUGGCUGCCCUGCCUGAGCCAUCCAGUGCCGAAGUCAACCCCGCAAUAUGCCGAUACCCUUUGGGGAUGCAUGAAGGGACCAUCCGAGACGAAGACAUUACGGCCUCCAGUCAGUGGUAUGACUCCACAGGACCCCAGUAUGCGCGGUUGCAGAGGGAAGAAGGGGAUGGAGCGUGGUGCCCAGCAGGCCUGUUGCAGCCGGAAGAUGUGCAGUUCCUCCAAAUCGAUCUCCACAAACUCUUUUUCAUCACGCUGAUUGGGACGCAGGGACGGCAUGCCCGUGCCACAGGCAAAGAGUUCGCCCGUGCCUACCGCAUCGAUUACAGCCGCAGUGGGGAGCGCUGGAUCUCCUGGAAAGAUCGGCAGGGCAGGCAGGUGAUUCAAGGCAACAUUGAUACAUACGAUGUGGUCCUGAAAGAUCUUCGGCCCCCAAUCAUUGCCCGUUAUAUCCGGGUGAUCCCUGUAACGGAGCUGCCCAUGACUGUCUGCAUGAGGGUGGAGCUCUAUGGCUGCAUCUGGUUUGAUGGUUUGGCGUCCUACAGCAUCCCUGAGGGAGGGACGAUAGCGGCCCCUGGCUCUCCCAUCAUUUACCUGAAUGACUCAACCUACGAUGGCUUCCAGGAGCGCAGGCAUUUGUAUGGAGGUCUGGGCCAGCUAACAGAUGGCGUACUGGGACUGGACGAUUUCACACAGAGUCAUCAGUACCGUGUGUGGCCAGGGUAUGACUAUGUCGGCUGGAAGAAUGAGAGCUUCAGCACAGGUUCUGUCGACAUGGAGUUUCAGUUUGACCGGCAGAGGAACUUCACCUCUAUGAAGGUGCAUUGCAACAAUAUGUUUUCUAAGGGGGUGAAGAUCUUCCAGAAGGUGGAAUGUCUGUUCAAACCACGGCUGAUUGCAGAGUGGGAGGCUGAACCUGUCGGCGUUUCCACCAUCUUGGAUGACAAAAACCCCAGUGCGAGGUUUGUGACCAUCCCCCUGAAUCAGCGGGUGGGCAAAGCCGUCCUUUGCCGUUUCUACUUCGCUGACACCUGGAUGAUGAUCAGUGAGAUUUCCUUCCAGUCUGACAUGGAGAAUGUAAAUCCUAUUGUGGUUACUCUAGCCACAAGCACAGCAGAGCUGCUGGAUGCAGAGACCAACGCGACUGAGGCGGCAUGGGAAACCACUUCUUUUAUAACCAGCACCUGGAUAGGGGAGAAAGCAGAUGACUCCAGUACCUCCAUCCUGGUUGGCUGCCUUGUGGCUAUUAUCCUUCUGCUCCUGAUCAUUAUAAUCAUCAUUCUGUGGAAGCAGUAUGUCCAGAAGAGACUGGAGAAGGCCCCACGGCGAAUCCUGGAGGAGGACGCCAUGGUUCGUCUCUCCUUCUACAGCUACACCAUCGUCAGCAACCAGAACCAGAUCCACCAGUCUAAUCCCACCUACGAACGGGUCUUCCCACUGGACCUGGAAUAUCACCAGCCUGCCACGCUGCUCCAGAAGCUACCCGAACUCUCCCAAAGCGCCGAGGAUUCAGCGUGCAGCGGUGACUACGCUGAGCCCGACCUCACCAAGUCCACCCCGCACCAGGGCUUCCAGAACAACGUGCCUCACUACGCGGAGACCGACAUUGUCAGCCUGCAGGGCGUGACGGGCAAUAACAUGUACGCAGUGCCUGCCCUCACCGUCGAUUCGCUCACCAAGAAGGACAUCUCCGUGGGCGAGUUCCCCCGGCAGCAGCUGCGACUCAAGGAGAAGCUGGGAGAAGGGCAGUUCGGAGAGGUGCACCUGUGUGAAGCAGAUGGCCUGUUGGAAUUUUUGGGACUCUCGUCUACGGAACUCACCAACCAACCGGUUCUAGUGGCAGUGAAAAUGCUAAGAUCCAAUGUCAACAAAACAGCCAGAAAUGAUUUCCUAAAGGAGAUCAAGAUCAUGUCCCGGCUGAAGGACCCAAAUAUCAUCCGACUGCUGGGUGUGUGUGUGCGUGAUGACCCGCUGUGCAUGAUAACAGAGUAUAUGGAGAACGGAGACCUCAACCAGUUCCUGUCACAGCGGGAGAUCUGCAGUAAAUUCGCCAUUUCGAACAACAUUCCAUGCGUCAGCUAUUCCAACCUACUGUUCAUGGCCACCCAGAUCGCCUCUGGAAUGAAGUAUUUAGCCUCCCUGAACUUCGUGCACAGAGACCUGGCCACCCGCAACUGCCUGGUUGGGAACAGCUAUACCAUCAAGAUUGCAGAUUUUGGAAUGAGCCGGAAUCUGUACAGCGGGGAUUAUUACCGUAUCCAGGGCAGAGCUGUGCUGCCUAUACGCUGGAUGGCCUGGGAAAGUAUCCUCCUGGGCAAGUUCACCACAGCCAGCGACGUCUGGGCGUUCGGGGUCACGCUCUGGGAGAUGUUCACACUGUGCAAGGAGCAGCCCUACAGCCUCCUCUCGGACGAGCAGGUCAUCGAGAACACAGGGGAGUUCUUCCGGAGCCAGGGCAGGCAGAUCUAUCUGUCCCAAACACCUCUGUGUCCAAACUCUGUGUUUGACCUGAUGUUAAAGUGUUGGAGCCGAGAUAUAAAGGAUCGUCCCACUUUUGAUAUGAUUCACCACUUUCUGGUAGAACAAAUGGACUGUAACAUUUGA